UUACCAGACCGUCCCCCGCCUUUAGAUGAUAGAGUCGCGGAGGACCUCCCCCCUAGACCGUCCCAUUCUCAGACCAUAGAGUCGCGGAGGACCUCGGUCCCAACCCACCUCAACGAAGACCAUAGACACCUGGCGGACCACCGGCCUAGCCCGCCGGCCGGAAGCGCGCUGCCCGACCAGGCCUCACCCCCCCCGGCCUUUCCUUCCCCUCAGGCCCAGCCGGUGGCGGGAUGGAGCGGCCGGAGGGUCCCGGGGGGGGGCUGGGACCCCCCCACCCUCCCCCAGAGCCCCCCCAGGACCCCCCCCCGCUCUGCCGGGAGCUGUGGGGUUCCCGGGAGGCCGCCCGGUACCGGGAGGGUCCCCGGGGGGGGCUCCAGCGCCUCGUCCCCCCCGGCGCCUGCUCGCACUCCUGCCUGCGCCGCGCUGCCGCCCAAGUGCUGCUGCCACAGGGGUACCCUGAGAGCGUCAGCCCUGACUACCUCCAGUACCAGUGCUGGGAUGCUCUUCAGGCGCUGUGCAGCACCCUGAUGGGCGCCCUGGCCACCCGGGCGGUGCUCCAGGCCGUGGGGGUGGGGGACAGCGCCGCCACCGUCACCGGGGCCACCCUCACCUGGGUGCUGCGUGAUGGGGUGGGGAUGGUGACCCGCAUCACCUUCGCCUGGCUCCAGGGGAGCCGCCUGGACUGCGAGGCCAAGCAGUGGCGGCUGGCGGCCGACGUGCUGAACGACGCGGCGCUCGUGCUGGAGCUGCUGGCGCCCGCCUGGCCGCGCGCCGGCCCCGCCCUCCUGACGCUGGCGGCUGCCGCCAAGUGCAUCGUGGGCGUGGCGGGCGGAGCCACGCGGGCGGCGCUGGCCGUGCACCAGGCGCGGAGGGACAACAUGGCCGACGUGGCCGCCAAGGACAGCAGCCAGGAGACGCUGGUGAACGGGGCGGGGCUGCUGCUGGCGCUGCUGCUGCUGCCGCUGCUGGAGGGGCGGCCAUGGGUGACGUGGGGGGUGGUGACACUGCUGCUGGGGACCCACCUGGGGGCCAACCUGGGGGCGCUGGGGGCCCUGCGCCUCCCCACCCUCAACAGGCCCCGCCUCCGCCUCGCCCUGGGCGGGGCUUUGAGGGGCGGGGCCCGGCAGGGCGGGGUUCGGCAGCCCCAGCCAACCGGGGAAGGCGGAGUCGCCGUCGUCGUCGUCCCCGGCCCUGACGAUGUCAACCCCCGCGAGCCGCUGCUGCCCGGCUUCAGCACCCGCCUCACCCUCCACUUGGGUGCCCCCCUGCACCGGCUGGUCCACAGCGAAGCCGAAUUCAAGAAGGCGCUGGAAUGCGGCACCGAGGAUUACAUCAUCGUGCUCCGCCCCUCCCAAGGCUGGGUGGGGGUGGGUCUCCGUCGGGGGGCCCCCCCCGACACCCCCCUACGAGCCUGCGCCCAGGCCCUGCUGCUGGAGGAGCUGCUGGGUCCCGACCUGCCCCCGGGGGCACCCAUGGGUGCUGCCCUGCGCCCGCUGCAGCAACGCCUGCGGCGCUGCCCGCCAGGGACGGUGCCGUGGGGCGUCGUGGCCGAGAGCUCCCGCCUCUGGCGCACGCUGGGCCCCACCUUCCUGCGCGGGCUGGCGGCCGCCGGUUGGGAGACGCAGCGGCACCUCCUGGCCCCCGACGAAUGGCAGCUCGACUGGGCGGGGCCAGGGGGCGGGGCCCCGGGCGACGAGCCCUGCCCCUCCCCCAAUAACCGGCUCCGCCCUUCUCCGGAUUGAUCCAAAACGGCCCCAGAAUGGGGCG